AUAAAAGAUGUUAAUACAAAAAAAUAUACGAUUUUUAUAACUUCUAAUCAAGAUACUAAUGAAUAUAAAAAUCAUUCAAUUUUUAAAGUCUGUAAUUUUAAUAAUUUUAUUAAUACCUUUAAAUCAGUUAUGAAAUGGAUUCCUAUCAAUUCUUCUCAAACCAAUAAUCAAAAUAUCACAAAUAAUAUUGACAAUAACGAUAUUGGUAAUAUAUUAAGAUAUUCAUUAUUAGAAAAAAAUAGUCCUUUACAAUAUUUAAAACAAAAAAGAAAAUUAUUUGGAAAUUCGAAAGAAAUAACUUUUAAUAAUGAUAAUCAAAAUAAUGAUAAUCAAAAUGAAGAUAUAUUUAAUAAUUUAGAAAAAGAAGUUGAUAGUAUAGUCGAUAAAGAACUUAAAGAUAAUGAUGGAACUAUUGAUAAAUAUGUAUAUUUCAAUUUAAGAAAAACAAAGGAGAUUAAUUUUUGUGAAUCUGAGCAUUCUUUAUGUGAAGAUUCUGAUGAUGAUGAAUUUAUUCCUAAAGAUAAAAUUAUUUUUAAAGAACAAAUGAUAAAAGUAAAUGAUAAAAAAUUUAAAAUAAGAAAAGAAAAGAAAGAAAAAGGAAAAAGAUUAACAAAAAAGGAACAAUUGAAAAGAGAAGUUAAAGAUCUUCUUGUUAACUCUGAAGAUUUUUUCAAAUGGAGAUCCGAUACAUCAAGAACACCACGAAAUAAAGUUCGAGAUGGGAUGAACAAAACUAUUAUUAAAGAAAUUCAAGAUGAAUCAGGUAAUAAUAAUAAAAAAAUUAGUAAACAUUUUACUGUUAGAAAUAUUGAAAAUUUUAGUUAUUGUGGAUUAGAAUUUAAAAGUGCUGAAAAAAUUACAUUUUUUGAAUAUGAAUAG